GUGCCUUGUCGCCAGAAGAGGGAACUCGAGGUUGAUUCUGGACCAGUUCAUCAUUGACUGACUUAACUAGAAAUAGUGGAUGUGUCUCUUCCGAUAGGUUUCGAUAUGCGGCGCGAAGCUUGUCUACGUGCCGUCGCUCUCGUAUCACCCCGGGUACCCGGUAUAUUAGCACGCGCGAGGAGGAAGCGGCGCGAACAGGAAGCAGCGAGAGCCACAGCCACCUGACGCAGCCAUAGACAUCACUGGAAUAUUGUAGCACAUCACUGGAGCAAAAUGUCUGGAUUUUUUGCCAUGUUGAGAAACAAGAAAGAGUUGAUCCCUCUGAUUGGAUGUAUGGCGUUUGCAGCCGCCGGAGCCACUACCGCGUCAAUUUACUUCUUACUUACAAAACCAGAUAUAAUCAUAAACAAGAAACAUAACCCAGAGCCCUGGGAGAACCUGGAUCCUUCCAAACCUCAGAAGCUGAUCACCAUCAAUCAGCAGUGGAAGCCGGUAGAGGAACUGCAGCUGGUGAAGAGUUUGACAAAGUGAGACUGGGCUUUGGGCCACGGGGCUGCAGCCACCAUUUGAACUCCCCAUCAGUCCAACGGAAUCAUCUCUGCACAGACUAAGCUCAGAAAAUCAGUGUGCGGAAAUGCUUCUGCUGCAUUGGUGGGGUCUGAACGUGCUCAGUUCUGCUCAGCAGGACAAGCAGGGAGCUUAGAUUAGCAAUGUCACAGGGACAAAGGAUUUGCCCCUGGGACACAUGUGCACCUUCUCCUGUACUUAUUUAAGAUGACUGUACAAAUGAUGUGAUAAUAUUGGUGUAAAAUAAAUUAUUCUACCUGACA